AUGUCUGCUUCCAUUCUACAGUCGUCUCUCCACCAACUGGCCAAGCAAACUGUUCGCAGCAGUGGUCGUAAUAUCGCAGCUCGUCCUUUCCUGACCAGCAACAUCCAUCGAACCAUGUUCACAAGUCCAUUAUCGAGUGUACUUCGUCAACCCAGACUCCAACCAUUGGCUAUGAAAAGCUCCAAUAUUAUCAAGACUAGCUUGUUUCACUCUGCUAGAACUCUCAAGAAUAGCGAAAAGGUCACAGAGGCUAAAACUACUGGUCCUUCGGGUGCUUCAACUACGUCUGCUUCUUCUGAGCACCCUCUGACCUGGAACGAGUUUCUUGCACUCCGUAUCAAACGUAGAAAGAUCAAUGUGAUUUCCUCGGUCAUCACCACUUUCGGUGGUAUUUUGAUUGGAUGGGGAGCUGUUGCCAAUGUUGAAAUCGAUCCCACUGCCCUUAUCUACGGAUUUGACCCUAUCAAGGUUCUGUCAGUUGCUCUCAUUGUUAGCGGUGGUUUAGGCUACUUAGCCGGACCUACUCUUGGAGCCCUUGUGUUCAAGGCAUCCAUCAGAAAGCAAUUUGGCGCAUUUGUCAAGAAAGACGUUGAGUUUUUGCGUCACAUCAAGCGCAACAGACCCGAUCCCCGUAGUCAGAGUUACACCAAUCCCGUUACCGAUUACUACGGAGAAAAGAUCGGAUCUCUCAAAGACUACAGACAAUGGCUCAGAGACGGCAGAGUCUACCGUAAGAAGACCGAGACCUUUGUCUAA